CUCCACCGAAGAAGAAGAAGGACCUACGACUCCAUUUGCGUGACAAAACACGGAAGUGCUCAGCUGUAUGGAAGCAAGUCUGUUGUUGACAGGUCUUUUCUGUCGUUUUUUUAAAAGGGCAUCACUACAGCAUUAGCAACGGAUGGAAAUGUCUCCUGUAGUAAAUAUAUAUUUUAUAUGAGGUUAUUAUCCGAUAUGUUUUUAGAUACUAAUUCAUAUUUCACCUGUUUUAUAUUGGGUGAUAAUCGCUGGUCAACUCGCUAGCCACCUUAACCAACGUUCAUUUACCAAUUCUGGACAGCCUAUGGAUUAUUACUCCUAGUUUAAAAAAAACUUGCAGUACAACAAUAUAGAAUAUUGGAACCAUAAUUUAAAAGGAUGUCAGUUGAACUUGAUGUGUUUGUGGUUAACACCACCAUUAUGGAUGAGGAAGUGUAUCAGCUAUGGCUGGAUGGCUACACAGUGAAUGAUGCAGUGAAGGUUCGUAUGGAGGGAGGGGUAUUGGAGGGGUGUGAGGCCAGUGCUGAGGUUCUGCACAGUGACACCAUGGACCAGUACAGAACCUUCCAGAUGUGUGAGCGCCUCCUACACAGCCCUGUCAAGCUGGCCAAUCAGUUGUUGUUCCAGAUCCCACCUCAUCGCCAGGUCAUGCUCAUAGAGAGGUACUAUGCUUUCGAUAGCGUGUUUGUACGAGAGGUCCUUGGGAAGAAGCUCUCAAAGGGGACCAAGAAGGACCUUGAUGACGUCAGUGCAAAGACUGGUGUCACACUGAAGAGCUGCAGGCGGCAGUUUGAUAACUUCAAGCGUGUAUUCAAAGUUGUGGAGGAACUGAAGGGACCCCUGGUGGAGAACAUUCGUCAGCACUUCCUUCUCUCUGACAAGCUGGCCAGGGAUUACGCUGCCAUCGUUUUCUUUGCCAAUAAUCGCUUUGAGACGGGGAAGAAGAAGCUGCACUAUCUUACAUUCCAGGACUUUGCCUUCUGUGCAGGGCAUCUCAUCAGCAACUGGACAGUGGGAGCAUUGGAUAACAUGGUGGAAGACAUGGACGUGGAUCUUGAGAAGGAGUUCUUACAAGAUCUAAAAGAACUGAAGAUUUUAAUCACUGACAGGGAUCUGCUGGACCAGCACAAGAGUUUGGUGUGCACGGCUCUCCGGGGGAAGACCAAUGCAUUUAAUGAGAUGGAAGCCAACUUCAAGAAUCUCUCCAGAGGCCUUGUCAACAUUGCUGCCAAACUAACCAACACAAAAGAAGUCAGAGACUUCUUCAUUGAUCUGGUGGAAAAGUUCAUUGAGCCGUGUCGGUCAGACAAAUGGACAGCAGGAGACAUGAGACUCUACCUCACUCACUACACUAACUCUGCACACGUACUCGACACAUUCAAACACCAGGUAGUGUGGGACAGGUACAUGGGAGUGAUAAAAAGCUGCAUCCUCAAAAUGUACCACGACUGAGACGUAGACCUCGCUCAACUAUCUACUCGGAAAUUUCUGUCCUCUUUUAUAUCGGAGUCAUGUCUUCUUUCCCUCUUUGUGUCUGCAGUCAUCAUGUAAAUCCUCCGCUCUGUCUGUCAGAUGCCUUCCUCCUCUAAUGCCAGUGCCCACAUUUCUCCGUCCUUCAUGCUGUUAUGCAGUUUUUUCCCCCCUCUGUCUCUUCUGACGACCUACUUUGCGACGUCAUCAUGUAUAUCACCUCAUUUUUAUUGUAAAUAAAGUCAACUGAUUUUA